UAAUUAAGUUCAACUUAUCUUCGCCUAGUUUGUUUGCCUUUAUGUUUCGUAGGGGUACUAGACUUGAAUUUGGUCUGUCGUCAGGUGAGGGGUGAGUUUUAUGGAAGCGAGUGAAGUGGUUGUGGAUAUUAGGGACUCGUUCGGUAAUCCACUAGCUCUUUAAAAUUUAAGAAUCUACAGAACACGUGUGCAACCGCUCCACGAAUUUUAACUACAGCUCCGUCCGCUCCGGGAGCAGAGCCGCGGAGCGGAGGGACUCCAAACGGGGCCUAGAUCUUCAUCAAGUGUUGGGAAAAAUGAUCGAACGGUGACAAAUUUUAGUUACAUCAUUGUCCAUCCCCAUAGAAAUAGAGUAUAUGCCUAGUAACUUCCAUCUUAAUCCAAAGAGAUGUGCUGAGAGAAUGAUGUCGAUUUCAAUUUAUUUACAGUUGAAGCUGUUCUUUUCCUGGAAUAAUCAACUUCUACAGAGGGUUACCAUGCCUCACAAGCUGAAGAACGUGAGGGGGGAAAUAGAGAAAAUAAGAAAGGAGGGUCAGGCUAUCAAUCUUGUGAGACAUCAAGAACGAGCAGAAGGGAGCAGAAAAAAUGAAACUUUUGCAGGCAUCUUUGAUGAAGGCCUGAGAUCUGGAGUGGUGGGGAGGGAUAUAGAGAAGGACAAAAUAAUCAGUCUGCUACUAAAAAUGGGCGUUCAAGAGGAUAUAUCUAUUGUCCCGAUUGUCGGGCUAGGUGGUCUAGGGAAGUCAACAUUGGCUGAAUCAGUCUUUGUAGACAAGAUGGUCAACGACUUCGAAGUCCGAGCCUGGGUUCAUGUGUCUAAGGAGUUUGAUCUGCACAAAAUUGGGAGUGCCAUCCUCAAAAGCAUAAAUAGCAGUAUCAACCUUGACAAUUGUAGUUUGCAAUUUUUACAGGAAAAUCUCAGAAAUGAACUUGCUGAUAGAAGGUACUUGAUUGUUUUGGAUGAUCUUUGGGAAGAGAACGCGGAUAAGCUGGAAAGGCUGAAGCAGAUGCUACAACAUGGCCACAGGGGUAGUAGGGUUAUUGUAACUACACGUAACCAAAGUGUAGUCAAUAAAUUGGGCACCGGUGUUCUUGCACACAAAAGAAAAAUUUGUCUGGUGCCCAACUCAGAUCAAAUCAAGUUGCAUGUUUUAUCAAAUGAUGACUGCUGGGAAGUAAUGAAACAAACAGCAUUCGGGCCUGAUGAUGACAAAAGUGACUUGGAAGAAAUUGGAAGGAAAAUUGCAGAGAAGUGUGGGGGUGUACCACUCGUGGCAAUUGCCCUUGGGCAAGUGAUGUCCGAGUUAAGGACUGUCGAGGCAUGGCAAAACAUAAGAGAUACAAACAUUGAUUUGGGUCAUAGAGAUCACAAGGACACAUUGGAGCGCCUCAUGCUGAGCUAUUACUACAUGAAGCUUGACUUCAAAAUGUGUUUCACAUAUUUGGCGGCCUUUCCCAAGGGCUUCAUUAUAGAAAGUGAUCGUCUAAUUCAGCAAUGGAAGGCUCUUGGAUACAUUCAUCGAGGGGAUGAUGGUAAAAGGUGCAUCAACUACCUUAUGGGGAUGUCCUUCCUUCAAAUUUCAAGGUCUUCUGCAAUUAGGUCAAGUCCAGUGCAUGCUGAUGCUCCUCGGGAGCUCACCAUGCAUGAUUUGGUGCACGAUCUUGCUACUAUAAUCAUGGGCCAUGAAUCCGUUGUUCUAAAUGCUACCGAGCUGAUGACUAGGAAGAAAGCAAAACAUCGUUAUUGUCGACAUGCACGAUUGAUCAACUACCAGAAUCAGCAUAUGGUUUUCAAUGAUCUACCAGGCAGCAUCAGAUCCUUCCAUGUAAGACAUCCAGAGACAGGGCAGCUCCCCCAAAAGGCAUUUUCUAGAACCAAGUAUAUACGGGUCUUGGACCUAAGUGGAUGUUUAGUUGUGAGGCAAACUACUCCAAUUAAGAUAUUUUUGCCAUCUUCCGUGCUUCAGUUGAAGCUACUUAGGUACCUCGAUGCCUCUAGCCUACCAAUUACAUCACUUCCUGAGUCGUUCCAUACACUUCAAAAUAUGGAAACUCUAAUUCUGUCUAAUUGCUCACUGAAAACCUUGCCUGACAGUAUCUGUAGACUCCACAAACUCCGCUAUUUGGACCUAGCUGGCAAUGCUAGGUUCAAUAAGCUCCCUGACAACUUUCAUCUUCUUACUGAACUCAUAUUCCUGAACAUGUCAAGUUGUUCCAAGCUAACAGAACUUCCUGACAAUUUUAGCCUGGAGAGUUUAGAACAUUUAAACCUAUCAGGUUGUCAUGAGUUAAAAGCCCUUCCACACGAUUUCGGCAAUCUUGAAAAUCUUACGUUCUUGAACCUUUCUGAUUGCUACAAGAUAUCAGUUCUACCAGAAUCAUUUUGCCAACUGAAGCAUUUGAAAGAUCUAAACCUUUCAGAUUGUCGUGCCCUUAUAGUGCUCCCUGAAUGUUUUGGUGACCUUUCAGAGCUUGAAUCUUUGAACCUAACAAGUUGUCCCAGGCUAGCACGGUUGCCCGAGUCAGUCUGCAAGAUGACUAAUCUGAGGUGUCUCAAUUUGUCAUAUUGUUUAGGGAUGCUAGAGCUUCCCUCCUCACUAGGUGAUCUUAAUCUCCAAAUAUUGGACAUUUCUGCUGGCGCUCUCCGUCACUUGCCAGAUAGUAUCAGUAAAAUGGCUAGUCUCACCCAAUUUGUGGUCACGUCAGGACAUCCUAGGGUGUUUGGAGAAGCCCAGGAAAUUAAGAAACGUCUUAAAUUGCCAGGCCGUACAGUACAUAGAGUACGCAAGGGACAUUCAGGACACAGCAGUAUUGUGGAGCUUGCACAUGUGAAUUGCAGUGAGCUGUUAAUUGGAUCUCUUCAGCGUGUCGAGAAACCGGAAGACGCAGAGAGAGUCAUGCUGCGUGAUAAAUCAUGUGUUCGACAACUAGCUCUCCACUGGAACAGGAGGAAUAAUAUGUAUGCUGACUCGGCUCCGUCUAUUCUGAAGAGGCUCAUGCCAGCUCAAAAUCUUGAACAGUUUAUGAUACAAGGGUAUACGAGCAAGGGUUUUCCUAAAUGGAUGUCGCACAUAUCCUCCCACCUCCCUUGUAUUACAUAUCUGAGUCUUUCUGAUUUAGGUGCAUGUGAUAAUAUUCCUCCGUUUGGCCAGCUACCAAAUUUAAGAAGUCUAUAUCUGCAGAAAAUUCCGAACAUCAGGAAAAUCGGCAAGAAUUUCUAUGGGGAGGGUGGAACUUGUAAGAAAUUAAGAUUGCUACAGUUGAAGUCGAUGGUCAAUUUGGAGGAAUGGUGGACAACACGGUCAGGCAAAGAAAAUGGAGAAUUUCUAAUCCCUAAUUUGCACAAUUUAGAGUUAAAGGACUGCCCAAAGUUGAAGUUUCGACCAUAUCCCCCUAGAAGUAUGUUUUGGUGCUUGGACAAUAGCGAUGAGGUUUUGGCAGGACAAGGAUUUGGGAAACUCUCAUCUUCCACUCUUCCUUGUCGCAUGGGUAUUAAAAAUUGCAGCUUUCAUCCUGGCAAGUGGAGUAGACUAGAGCAAUUCCCAACUCUCGAGGAAUUCUCAUUGACCUCCUGCCAUGGCUUGAUGUCCUUGCCAGAGGCCAUUCGCUGCUUCACCUCUCUCAAAAAGCUAAGUUUGACGUCAUUGUGGUGGCUGGAGACGAUUCCGGAAUGGUUGGGACAUCUCACUUCUCUACAAGUCUUUGCGAUAAAAGACUGUCACAGUUUAACAUUUUUGCCUCAAAGUAUGGAAAACCUUACUGCUCUGAGAAUACUAAUGCUUCUCGAGUGCAAAGGACUAUAUAUAUUGCCGGAAUGGAUAGGACAGCUCAGUUCCCUACGAGAACUUCACAUCACAGACUGUCCCGACAUCACAUCUUUGCCUGAAAGCAUACAAAACCUUACUGCCCUGGAGGAACUGUACAUUUCUGGUUGUUCAAGUUUGGUCCGUAGGUCCCGCACGGAGGAUGCAUAUAAGGUUUCUCACAUCCGUAAAGUGAUAUUCGAGCCAGAAGAACCAAAUGAGGAACAAAGACAAGAAGAAUCACAGGAAGCAUGGAUGGAUAGGCUACCGAAAAAAUAUGGAGAAAACCCAUCGAGACAUAGAGAGGAACAAGAAGAACUAGAGAUGUCGGGCUCAGACUCUGAACAUCUCUCUCACUAUGGGCAAGAAGAUUCAGAAAAUGAGGAUGAAGAUUGGUACCUAUAAGAUCUUAGUAGUUUGCUAUCAUCAUAUGCCAAAUAGCGUGGUGCUGUGAAGACCUCUAUAAUUUGCAAUCACAAUCUUAUGGGUACUCAACUACAAUGCUAUCAAUUUUAUUUUUCAAGAAAUAUAGUACAAACACAGAUGCUUACAUACACGCAUGUACAGUCUGACCAUGUUGUUAUUCUUAAAAGGAAAAAAGCACUGCAUUACAAACACUGGUAUUUAAGCAUAGGUCAAAUCCUAUCAGAUAGUUGUCACAAUGUGUAUCUAAUAAUUUAGAGGAGUACAAUUCUUGACCAAUCCAAAGUAUGGAAGUACUAUUGUA